AUGUCGAUGAGGUACCGGAGGACCAUACCAAGGUACGUAUGGUUGGGAUGCUUGGCUUUGCUGGCCAUGAUGUACAUGUUGUUCCGAUCCGGUUCGUCCAAGUCGUACGUCAAGAGCAUGUCGAGCAAGUUCACAGACGUGCCCGUCUCUGUGAAUGACACGCACUCCAUGUUUCGAGAUCACUGUCCGGCCGUGAAGCCGGCCAUCACCGACAUCGAGACCGUCCGGCAGAUGCAGGAAUUUGUGUAUGAUAUUUUCCUAAUCGCCAAGCUAUAA